AUUCGAAGUGGUUGCUAGAGAUAAGGCUUGAGAGGUGAAGUAUGGCGACGACUCAUCCUGACGUCCCCGGCGAGCCCACCCAGACCGGCACUGCGCUGCUCGAAACCGCCACCUCCGCCAUCCAAGGCUUCGGCCCCAUCAACAAGAUCCACCAACACCUCUGCGCGUUCCAUUUCUACGCGCAAGACAUGACGCGGCAGGUGGAGGCCCACCACUUCUGCGGCCACCAGAACGAGGAGAUGCGUCAGUGCCUCAUCUACGACAGCCCCGGCGCUGACGCCCGGCUCAUUGGCCUUGAGUACAUCGUUUCCGAGAAUCUCUUCCUCACCUUGCCCGACGAGGAGAAGCUGCUUUGGCACAGCCACGAGUACGAGGUGAAGGGCGGGUACCUCUUCAUGCCAGGCGUCCCGGGCCCAAUAGAGCGGCAGGACCUCGACAAGGUGUGCAAGACCUACGGCAAGACCAUCCACUUCUGGCAGGUCGACCGCGGGGACAACCUCCCGCUGGGCCUGCCCCAGAUCAUGAUGGCCCUCACCAGGGACGGGCAGCUCAAGGAGGAACUCGCCCGAGACGUUGAGAAGCAAUUCGGGGUGUCGUUCCAGAAGGAGAGGGAGAACCGGGCGUACAUGAAGGGGCCUGAGCACGGGAUCCACCCGGUUGCAAACGCGGCGGGGAAGGGGCUGGAGACGGAGCUGAGGGAGGUGGAAUGCAAGCCCGUCGAGUCCUUGCCCAGAGUCUUCGUUUGAAGGAGGGUUGUCUGCGUUCCGUCCCGGACAAAUUCACAAUCGGUUGUGGUCGAAUCGUGUUGUAAAUAGCGUAUGCUGUGGGCUCGUUUUUUUUCUUUUCAUGUCAAGAAUUGCCGCGGUUGUUUGCAGAGAAAUCCUAGGAAAACGCAAGAAACUUAACAUAGGUACGCACCGUUUGCUGUAAUGUCAUCGUCGCUUGAACUAGAAGCAAUCUGGUUUUGCUGCUUCUUCCCA